AUGAGCGUCCUCACCUACACCUUUGACGCGAGAACGAUCCACGAGAUCGACAACAACCUGCCUUGCCACGUGUUUGUGAGCCAAGCCGCCGUCGAGACCGACCUCCGCGUGACGGCCACGAGCGCAGGCAACCUUCCCAUUGACGCUUUGCGCAUUGUCCAGCGCGAUGCGACGCUCUUCCUUGAGAGGGCGUCGCCGAUCACGGAACCAACGACGCUUUUGAUUGAGAUUUUCGCCAGCGCCGACGCGCUCAAGUGCACCAAGUUUGUCAACAGCGGGCCGGGUGGCUU